AUGAAGAGAAGCGAAUUUUCAGCAAUUCCUGAUGAAGUUAUCUUUCAUAGAAUUCUUCCGUAUUUCGAAUAUAGAUGGAUACUAAAUGUUGGAAGAUUAGUUUGUAAAUAUUGGAAUGAAAAUUACAAAUCAAUAGAAACUUUCGACUUUUCUGUCAAUUAUUACGGAAAUGAUAAUUAUUGGGAAAGAUUAUUGAAUGAUGUGCAUUCUGGCGAAUUAGAAAAAGUAACGGGAUUGAAUUUUCGAUUACCACUUGCAUGGAAUUAUGAUUUGGAAUUGCAACAAAAAUUAAUUACCAAAUUAAGUAAUUUGAAAGAAUUGUCUUUAGGCCCAUGUGCAUGUGAAUAUCCCUUGAUUAUGACUAAAUUGGAACAUUUGGAAAGGGUUGUUUUAAAUUUGAGAUACAUUAACAUUGUUGAAUUUUUGAAAAAUUGCAAAUCAAAAAUCAAAUCCUUUGACAUUUCAAGUGUGGAAUACAAACAAGAUUUCAGUUUUGAUAUUGAAUGGCCAUUAGAACACCUCUCUGUCUCUGGUCUCUCCACAAAUUCAUGGAUUUCCUUGUUGAACAGCAAAUUUGCAAGGAAUUCCUUAAAAAGUCUAAAGAUUUGUAAUUGUGGAAUACUUCCAAAUGAGGCAGUGUUUGAUUUGAUUGGAAAUUUGGAUUGUCUGACCGAGUUGGAUUGUUCUGAAAAAGUUUUAUGGAAACACAUGAGAAAAAUUGGGAAAUUGAAGAAAUUGACUUGCAAUAAGGUGUUUCGUGGGGCAGAAUCUGAAUUGGACUUGUCAUUAUUAACAAAUUUGGAAUACUUAUGUUUAAUGAGUAAUGAUUUGGUGGGAAGUUCAUUUAAACAUUUACAAAAUAUGAAUCAUCUCACGGAAUUAAUAUUGGCCAAUAACAAAAUAGAAAAUGCUGCUGCUUUGAGCUCUGUCACUAGCUUGACUCAUUUGGAUCUUUCGAAUAAUUAUAUUCGAGAUGAAGGAUUGAAAGAUUUUUGCCAACUUGUUAAUUUGAAAUAUCUAUCGUUGGAAUACAAUCAAAUUGGCAGUAUUGGAGCUAAUUAUCUUUCCAAGAUUGUCCAGCUAGAGCAAUUGAAUCUUGCACGUAAUUAUAUUGGAGAAAUAGGUGUGGAAAAUUAUGGAAAUUUACAAGCAUUGAGAAUUCUGAAUUUGAAUGCAAAUAAUAUUGGAGAUGGAUUGAAAUUCCUGGCUUGUUGUAACUCCUUGAAUCAGUUAUAUGUUGCCUCGAACAAAAUUAGUAGUAAGGGAUUAAUUGAUUUUUGCAAAGUUUCAAUGCCAAAUUUGAAAGUAUUGACCAUUUCUAAUAAUAAUGUUGGAAAGGCAGUUGCUCUGUUGGUAUGUUUUAAAGGGACAGAAGUGAGAGCAGAUAACUGUAAUAUUGGAUUGACUGAUGCUGUGCAAUAUGUGGCAGAAAAAGGCAUAUCCAGUUUCUCAAACCAAUUAAUCAACACAAAGAACAAAUUAUUAUCAAUAUUCGAUUCCUCAAUGUUUUAA